GUUCUAAAUUCACAUCGACCCCACCACUUCCUUUUCAACAAACAUGGCGGAGUUUGACUUAACCACGCGUAUGGGCCAAUAUUUGGACCGGCAUCUAGUCUUCCCACUUCUCGAGUUUUUAUCCGUAAAAGAGCUGUAUGAUGAGAAGGAGAUGGCUCGAGGCAAGCUUGACCUGCUCAGCAACACUAACAUGGUGGACUUCGCCAUGGAUGUCCACAAAAACCUCUACCCGGAUCAGAACGUUCCUGACACACUGAAGGACAAACGUAUGGAGGUCGUGCACCGCCUGAAGAAACUGCAGGCAGCGACAGAGGUCAUUACCAAGAUCUUUGAGGACACUGAAGUCACGCGGCAGAUCCAGAGCUCACGAGAUGGACGUCAGCUGUUUGACUUUCUACACAAGGAACAUGGGUUCCGCCAAGACAUGGUUGACACGCUCUACAACUACGCCAAGUUCCAGUACGAGUGCGGCAACUACUCCGGAGCAGCAGAGUACCUGUACUUCGUCCGUGUUCUGCUACCCCCAGGUGACCGGAACUUUGUGAAUGCUCUGUGGGGAAAGCUGGCAUCGGAGAUCCUGAUGCAGAACUGGGACGUCGCCCUGGAGGACCUGCAGAGACUCAAGGAUGUCAUCGACUCCAAUACGUUUGCAUCGGCGCUGCAGUCUCUCCAGCAGAGGACCUGGCUGCUACACUGGAGCCUGUUUGUCUUCUUCAACCACCAGAAAGGCCGGGACCUCAUCAUAGACAUGUUCCUGUACCAGCCUCUGUAUCUGAAUGCUAUGCAGACAAUGUGCCCCCACAUACUGCGCUACCUCACCACGGCCGUCAUCACAAACAAGGGCCGGCGGAGACAAGUGCUCAAAGACCUGGUCAAGGUCAUUCAGCAGGAGAGCUACACGUACAGAGAUCCUAUCACAGAGUUUGUGGAAUGUUUGUAUGUCAAUUUUGACUUCGAUGGAGCUCAGCAGAAGCUAAGGGAAUGUGAGACGGUGCUUGUCAAUGACUUCUUCCUGACUGCUUGUCUGGAGGACUUCAUCGAGAACGCGCGGUUGCUGAUCUUCGAGACCUUCUGCCGCAUCCACCAGUGUAUCAGCAUAGACAUGCUGGCAGAGAAGCUGAACAUGUCCCCCGAGGAAGCUGAGCGAUGGAUCGUCAACCUGAUCCGAAAUGCACGACUAGAUGCCAAGAUUGACUCGAAAUUGAGUCACGUGGUGAUGGGAACACAGGCUGUAUCUCCCUACCAGCAGGUCAUCGAGAAGACGAAGAACCUGUCCUUCCGCUCUCAGAUGCUGGCUAUCAACAUGGAAAAGAAGCUUGGCUUACACAAGCAGGAGAAUCAAUGGGGAGUCCAGGAGUAGAAGAUGGAGAGACAGACUCAACACAACAGAUUUCAUUUGUACAAAAUAAUAGGAGAUAAUAAACAAAAAAUAAUAAUAAACUAUCUUGUCAGAUCGAAAACCA